CACGGGUAGCUCGUUCCGCGCUCGGACAACACGCCUCCGAAUGUGAGAGAGAGAGUGUGAGAGAGAGCGAGAGAAAAAGAGAGAGAGAGAGAGAAAGAAAGAUCUGAGCCGGAAAAAACGCCAACAAAAUAAAAACAAACCCGGUGUGUUUUAAUUGGAAAUAAAAGCUAAAUAAACAAACAAAGAAAAAAACGGAGGAGAUUCAGGAGCGAGUUAAAAUAUUUCCGCAAGAAGCAAAAGAAGAAGAAGAAGAAGGAGAAGGAGAAGGAGAAGGAGACGGUUUGCUGUUUGCUCCGUUAGCACUGUUCAGGUUGUGAGGUCACUGCUUAGCCCUGAGGAACCUGGAAGUCUAAAACACACCGCUAACGCACAGGAUGACCGGCUGACUCUCAUGAACGCCGCCUGUUUUAACGAUAAUGACGCUUGAUGGUAAUGUCUUCAGUUGGUCUCAUCUCCAGCCGGGAUUUUACAGGGAACAAGAGCAGAUUCGUGAUUCGAGAUGAUUUCUGUUUUCUAUCCCAAAGUAAUGGACUGUUCAUGAAGGACUGGGUUAAGAAAGCAUGUGAGAGGAUUCUCUUUUCUUUUCUUGAGUCUUGGAGGUAUCCGUGACAACCAUCCUGACGUUCUUCAUCCUUUUACCGUUCCCGUCUCGGACCUGCUGCGUCUCGGAUCUCCGCGUUCGUCUGUGAGGAAGACCAGAACGAUCGUCCGGUAAAGAGGACCGAAGAGUGUGUGGUGUCUGACAGAAUGACUCAUUUAGGAGAAAAGAAAACUUGUGUGUUUUGCAGUGGAGCCUCGUAAAACACACACACACACACACACACACACACACACACACACACACGCACACACACGCAGUCUCUAUGGCUGCAUUCGCGUAGCGGCCCUCGUGCUGAACCGUGUUUUGGUUUUUGCUGCGCUGUGAUUGGUCAGGAUGCCGGCAAAAGGGAAGUACCUGCUAAAUGAGCAGAAACUGAAACAGGAAGCACUUUACAGGAAGUUCUCCUGCAUCAGCCAGUAUCAGCCUCUGGUCUUGCUGCUCGGACUGAGCGUGCUCACUUGUGCUAUACUGCUGGUCAUCUUUUUCAGCCUGCACGAGGGCGUGCAGAACCAUGUAGCGUUCGUGGCCGUGGUUAGCGGCGCACUCUUUGUGUUCCUGGCAGUGUUUGUGCUGGUCUGUGCUGAGGCACUCACUCAGAAAUGGACCACGCUGUUGGGGCUGGUAGUGUGGGCUACACACCUCACCAUGGGCUUUACGUUCAUCUAUUCCUCAUCUACUAAAUUCAUUGUUCCUUGGGACCAGGUGCCUUUCUUCCUCUUCAUCAUCAUCACUGUGUUCACGUUACUCCCCUUCCAGAUGUGGUACGCCGUCAUCCUCAGCAUCGUCUCCUCCCUCUCUCACAUUAUCGUCCUGUCAGUGCACUUCACCUGGAACAGUUCCAAGCUGACGACUUCCCUCACCAAUCAGCUCAUGUCCAACGCGGUGGUGUUUGUGUGUGGGAUUGCCGUGGGAGCGUUUCAUAAGGUUCUAAUGGAGAAAGCACUCAGGCAGACUUUCCAGGACACGCUGCGCUGCCUCAGCGUCCGCAUGAAACUGGAGAUCGAGAAGAGGCAGCAGGAGAAUCUGCUGCAGUCAGUAUUGCCUGUGUAUAUUUCCAUGGAGAUGAAGCUGGCCAUAAUGGAGCGCUGUAAAUGCAAGGAUAAGGAGGCGCAGCAGCGGCUAGUCAAGGACAAUAACUUCCACUGUCUGUACGUCAAAAGGCAUGAGAACGUCAGCAUCCUUUACGCAGACAUUGUUGGUUUCACUCGUUUAGCCAGCGAUUGUUCUCCCAAAGAAUUGGUCAUCAUGCUGAAUGAGCUCUUUGGGAAAUUUGACCAGAUUGCCAAAGAGAAUGAGUGUAUGAGGAUCAAGAUCCUGGGUGAUUGUUAUUACUGUGUAUCCGGACUACCCGUUUCCUUACCGAAACACGCCAAGAACUGCGUCAAAAUGGGUUUGGAUAUGUGUGAAGCGAUAAAGCUGGUUCGGGAGGCUACAGGAGUGGAUAUUAACAUGCGCGUCGGUGUGCAUUCUGGAAAUGUGCUCUGUGGCGUGAUUGGUUUACGCAAAUGGCAGUUUGACGUCUGGUCACACGACGUCACCUUGGCCAAUCACAUGGAGUCCGGAGGGGUGCCUGGCCGGGUGCACAUCACUGAGGCCACUCUGAAGCAUCUGAAUAAAGCCUACGAGGUGGAGGAAGGAAACGGUCACCUCAGAGACACUUACCUGAAGGAGCUCAGCAUCAAGACCUACCUGGUUAUAGAUCCACGGGCUAAGGACCCGUCCCAGAGCAGCCGUAACAUUCCUAAACAGCGUGUGAGUGACGGUUUGAAGAUGCGAGCCUCGGUGAGAAUGACGCGCUACCUGGAGUCGUGGGGGGCCGUGAAACCCUUCGCCCAUCUCCAGAGCAGAGAGGGCUUCAUCACUGACCCUAUGGUGAACAGCAAGACCCGCUUCAAGGACAUUCCUAUGAGAUCAGCGCCGUUAAAAAUUACAGAAAGCUUUGAUGAGUCUCUUGAGGAGCCCUUGUCCUUUCCUGCCUCUCCCUUCAGCGUGAAUAAAAAUAAGUCCCAGAAGUCCAAGUUUGAUGAGCAGCUGCACAACGAGAUGAUCACCACCAUCGAUGAGCUCAGUUCCAGCAAGCACUGGAUGAAGUCGGAGGAGAUUUCGAGUCUUACUCUCUGGUUCACAAAAUGUGGGCUGGAGAAACAGUACAGGACUAUAGAAAUGCCUAGUUUUAAAUACUACAUCUGCUGUGCCACCUUCGUCUUCCUGUGUAUCUUCACCAUUCAGAUGCUCGUCACCCAAAAACCUGCGCAGCUGGGACUGGUGUUUGCGUUGUUGGCGUGUUUGUUACUGCUGACCAUUGCCAUCUGCUUUGCCGGUCACAUUCAGAAACUGUUCCCGGAAAAGUUGGAAUCCUGCCAGUGGUUGCCGGCCGUGUCCAUGGCCGUGGUCAAGAGACCUUUUGCGCGCCUCCCGCUAGCAACCAUCGCUACGACAGUUAGCGUUAUCAUUGCCUUGUUCAACCUGUGUUUUAUCCCAGUUGAGUUGAACCCCGAUUGCUUUAAAGAACAAAUGGAAAAAAAUAAAAGCAGCAAAGAAGGGUUAAAUCUCUUCUGCUUGUCUUAUUCGGUGUAUACCUGUAUCCUGACAUUACUGGUGUGUGGAGUAUUUCUGAGAGUGUGCUUUGAGCUGAAGCUGGCCUUCCUCUUCAUCAGUUCAGGCUUUUAUUACUUCAUCAUAGGCUACAGCAAGAGUGAUCUGUUCAAAAUGUACACCUGCUUUCUUUCUGUAAACCUGAACAGUUCUGUGGAAAAUUCAUGGAGCGUUGAGCCGUACAGAUUCAUGAAUGGAGGGUUGAUGAAAGAGCCACAGUUCAUGAGCUGCAUGUACAUCACUCUGUUCCUGUUUACCAUGCUGCUUAUAUCACGUCAGGAUGAGUUCUGCUGCCGUCAGGAAUUCCUGCUGAAGAACAAGAACCGCAUGGACAAGGACGAGAUCGAGCUGUGUGAGAAUCUGACUCGGCUGCUGCUGGAGAACGUUCUCCCAGCUCACGUGGCCGCGCUGUUCGUGGGCGAGAACAAAAAGAACGAGGUGGGGCUGCUCUCCACUAACACUUUACUAAACCAGAAGUACAAGGAUCUAUACUACAAGUCGUACGAUUGUGUGUGUGUGAUGUUUGCUUCAGUCCCUGACUUUAAGGAGUUCUACACCGAAUGCGACAUCAACAAAGAGGGACUGGAGUGUCUGAGACUCCUUAACGAGAUCAUCGCUGAUUUCGAUGAGUUGCUGUCUAAGCCGAAGUUCAGCGGCGUAGAGAAGAUCAAGACGAUCGGCAGUACGUACAUGGCUGCUGCAGGACUUAGUGGGACGCCUGGACAGGAGACAAACCAGGACCGGGAGCGGCAGCCGGCGCAGAUCGGCAUCAUGGUAGAGUUUGCCAUUGCUCUGAUGGGAAAGCUGGACGGCAUCAACCGCCACUCGUUUAACAGCUUUAGACUGCGUGUGGGAAUAAACCACGGGCCAGUAAUAGCGGGGGUGAUCGGAGCGCGCAAGCCGCAAUACGACAUCUGGGGUAACACUGUGAACGUAGCAAGCCGGAUGGAGAGCACCGGAGAACUGGGCAGGAUCCAGGUGACAGAAGAGACGUCGGAUGUUCUGCAGAAGCUGGGUUACUCGUGCGAGUGCCGAGGUCUGAUCAACGUAAAGGGGAAAGGAGAACUCACAACCUUUUUUGUAUGCACAGACUCCAAUAAGCAGCAGGGAAUGGGGCUCAGCUGAAAGUGCUGACCUUCUCUCACUCACACACCCCCGGCUGGAUGGGUAGAGUUUUCUUUUCUUUUCUUUUUUUAACGGUGUUUCUUGGAAUGUGAAAUGUUUUCUUAUGCUGAGAGGAUUUCCAAAUGGUAGAAGACGAGGAUAGAAUAAUUAAAAACCCUUACGAAGCCAGAAACUUUUGAACAAAUAUACGCUCGUCAUUCUGGCCGAGAUGGAACGUUCCCACCUAACACUGGAGCAGGGACUGUUUUUUUUUUUUUAUAUGUUUGUUUGUUUGUUUUUUUCCAGCGUUUCGUGACCUUAAACUUCUCUGCACUGUUCUGAUCCUUAAAAACUACGGAGGCAACAAACGGAAGAAGAAGAAAUACUGCUGAUUGUCUCCAGAAGUCUUUGUGUCUUAAAUCUGACAUUACUUGCAAACGAUGGGACCUGCACACUCGAACAUGAAGAGGACAUUUUAUUAUUAUUAUUGUUAAUAUUAUUAUUAUUUACUAGGACAUGAUGUGAAGCACAGGAAAUGUUUAGGUGUGGACAGACUUUGCUGCUGAAUGACUUCAAACUGUUAGAAAAACCGCUUUGGCAAAACAGGAAUUUACACGUCAACUGUUGAGUAAUUUAAAGAGAAUAAGCAAAGCUAAACAUGAAUAAAAAAAAAUGCUGCAGUAUAAUCGUUUUGAUUGCAAAAGAUUUUUCUGAAUUUUGCCAUUAUGACUCCGCCUAUUCGAAGUUAGGGCUACGUUUUAUUCCUGUUCGCUUUGAGCUGCUUGUCUGUCUUAUGUCGCAACGUGGAACUCGAUGGCUUAAGGCAGGGGUGUCUGAUCUCAUCCAGAAAGGGCCUGGUGCGUGUGGGUGCAGAUUUUCAUUCCAACCAAGCAGAAGCUACACCUGAUUCCAACUGGCUAGGCAACAGUUCUUGGCUUGCAGUAGACUCAGGUGUGGCUUCUGCUCAGUUGGAAUGAAAGCCUGCACCCACACUGGCCCUUUGUGGAGAAGAUUGGACACCCCUAGCUUAAGGAAAGGGAAAGACGAGAUGUGUGUGUGCAUCUCCGGGUAAACCGGUCGGGCUGAAUGUGGGUAACGUUGGUGUACUGUAACAUUUACCUGAACUGAAACUAACAUCUCUGUUACUUUAAACUUCAGUAUAAGAUGUCUAAGUUAAACAUUCUGUACAGAAUCCGUAUGGAAUAAAUCAUUUUUUUCAAGGUUAAAA